AUGAGCGACGACGACCAAGGGCCGCUCAUAUGCGGCAGCAUCGCGGCCGCCCUGUUCAGCGCCACCGCCUUCGUCGCGGCGCGGCUUUACUGUAGUGUAGUCGUGAUGCGUCGCACACGGCGCGAGGAUAUAAUUAUUGUGCUUUCGCUGGUAUUCCUGUGGUCCGCCGCCGCGGUGAGCAUCGUCACCGUGUUCAACGGCAUGGGGAAGCACUUCGACACCCUGACGGUGGAGCAGCGCGCCAGGGCCAAGCUCUACUACCAGGUCUCGGUGUGGCCGGCGCUGCUCGCCAUCACGGUGCCCAAGGCCGCCGUCGCGGGGCUCAUCAUCCGGAUCUUCACGCCGGACAUCUGGACCAAGACGAUCAUGACGUCUGUGGUCUGCAUCGGCAUCGCCAACUAUGUCGUCGUGAGCGCGCUGUCGACCUUCAUGUGCAUCCCGCUCGCCUCUGCGUGGGACGAGCGGGUUGCGCCUGUCAGAUGUGUCAGCGCGAAGAUAUACUUGGACCUGUGCUACUUCACAUCUACCUACUCUGCCUCCGUUGACUUCUACUUGGCGAUAUACCCGGCCCUGGUCUUCCGAAAGAUGGGGUUCAACAUCAUCAAGAAGAUAGGCCUCAGUGUCGUCCUCGGGCUCGGCCUGGUCGUCACGGUGGUGGCCUGCCUCAAGAUCUCGCACCUCCACGUUCUUUCAAACCCAGACUUCACAUGGACGAGUCCGAAGCUCACAAUAUGGACAAUGACAGAAGCAUCAGUCACGAUAAUAGCAGCCUGCAUCCCGGUCCUCCACCCGCUCUACGACCGCGCCCGCGCCGGGCUGCGCAGGAUCUUCCCAAGCCUCCAGCAGCGGCGACACGGCAGCGGCGAAGAGCGCAGCACCGUCACCGGCCGCGGCAGCCGCGGCGGGGUCCGCCGCGCGCACCCGGACUCGCCCGACUCGCCCGGGUUCUGGAGCCUGAAGCUGAGGGCGCUCGCGGCCGCCGAGUCCUGGUGGUCGAGCACGGGGGCCCGGACCAUAUCGCGGGGCCAGCGCUCGGGGGUGCGCGUGGUGGCCGGGCAGACGGAGGCUGAUGCGGAGGAGGGGGAGGCGGAGGACGAGGACAACAAUCAUCAGCGCUCAGCGCGGCGGUUGUCUGGUCCCGGCGAGGCUGUCGUCGUUAUCCAUGAUGAGGAUGAUGAGCAGCGGCAGGGCGGCGGUUCGGAGGAUCCGACGCAGUUGACCGUGGGUGCUGAUCAGGCAUCGGAAACGGAGCUGUCGGAUCCUGAGCGGGCUUUGGACCGGGUUGGUCGGCAUGACCUCGAGGCUGGCAGUGGCCAGGACGCAACGGCUUCUGGGCAGAUGUGA